CGGCGGCCUGUUCGUUUCGAAGCGUUUCUUUUUUUCCUUUCCUUUCUCGCGUCUCCUUUUAGCCCUCUGCGCGUAGAAAUCGGCCCCAGGCCGGGCUAUGGCAAACCGGACAGUAAAAGAUGCGCACAGCAUCCACGGCACCAACCCGCAGUACUUGGUGGAGAAGAUCAUUCGCACCCGCAUCUAUGAGUCUAAGUACUGGAAAGAAGAAUGUUUCGGCCUCACCGCUGAACUGGUUGUGGAUAAAGCUAUGGAACUGAGAUAUACUGGUGGAGUUUAUGGUGGAAACAUCAAGCCUACACCAUUCUUGUGCUUGACCUUGAAGAUGUUGCAGAUACAGCCUGAGAAGGACAUCAUUGUUGAAUUUAUAAAGAAUGAAGACUUCAAAUAUGUGAGGUUGCUGGGAGCAUUGUAUAUGAGACUGACUGGUACUGCCAUAGACUGUUACAAAUAUCUUGAACCAUUGUACAAUGAUUAUCGAAAAAUAAAAAGUCAAAAUAGAAAUGGAGAGUUUGAGCUAAUGCACGUGGACGAAUUCAUUGAUCAACUACUUCAUGAUGAGCGUGUUUGUGAUAUCAUUUUACCCAGACUACAGAAACGAUACGUUCUAGAAGAAGCUGAACAACUAGAGCCACGGAUUAGUGCUUUGGAAGAGGAUAUGGAUGAUGUGGAGUCUAGUGAGGAUGAGGAAGAGGAGGAUGAAAAGCUGGAAAGAGCUCCCUCACCUGAUCACAGGAGAAGAGGCUACAGAGAUCUAGAUAAACCUCGCAGGUCUCCAACCCUGCGUUACAGGAGAAGCCGAAGCAGAUCUCCUAGGAGGCGAAGCCGAUCACCGAAGAGGAGAAGUCUAUCACCACGCCGGGAAAGGCAUCGCAGUAAGAGCCCAAGGAGGCACCGAAGUAGAUCUAGAGAAAGACGCCACAGAUCAAGAUCUAAAUCACCAGGGCAUCAUCGUAGCCACAGACAUCGCAGCCAUUCCAAGUCCCCAGAAAGAUCUAAAAAGAGCCAUAAGAAGAGUCGUCGAGGAAAUGAAUGACCCUUAACAGUUCAAAAAUGAAACCCACUUUUUUUUUUUUGGACAUUGUCAGGCUAGAUAGAAGCUGUUGUGGCAGCUGAUCUUUUUUAAAAAAUAGCUUUUUGGUCGAUAUUGUAUUGUUCAAUAACUUUAACUCAGUGGGAAGUUCUUUCAGCAUAUAUUUGAUCAUACUUGCUCCUUUUACAAGAAAAGGAGUGUCAUGCUAGGAUGUAAGUGGUUUAAAAUUCUUUACAUUUAAUACCUAGCAAAACAGAAAAGGAAUUGUUUAAACUCUUGCAAGACCUAUUAUGGAAGCCUUGCCUUCUUAAGUAUUUGUAUAAUUUUUGUCUGUUUUUAUGUAAUUCCUAAUUUUAACUGAGCCAAAAGGUUGGCAGAACAUAAUUCUGUAGAGAUUUAUUUGUAAGUGUGGAAGAUAGAGAGCUACUGUUGUAAUUUCUGUAUUAAAAUAUUUGAUAAGUAAACCACA